AUGUUUGCUGUCCGUGUGUCCGUCGUCUGUUUUCUGCUGACCAUCACUUCUGGAUCAGUUGAAGAGGAGAAUCCAGAGUUCUGGAGGAAGUCGGCUCAAAACACACUGCGUUCGGCUCUGAGCAGGAAAAUCAACACUAAUGUGGCCAAAAACAUUGUGCUGUUUCUGGGAGACGGUAUGGGAGUGACGACCAUCACAGCCGCGCGGAUCCUGAAGGGUCAGUUACAGAAACACUCAGGCGAGGAGACCGUCAUGAAUAUGGACACAUUCCCCAAUGUGGGUCUUGCGAAGGUGUAUUCAGUGGAUUUUCAGAUUCCUGACAGCGCAGCGACGGCUACAGCGUAUCUGUGCGGAGUCAAAACCAACCUGAACACUGUGGGUGUGAGCGCAGCAGCACGUAACGGAGUGUGUCGAUCACAGAAGGGCAACGAGGUCACGUCCAUCCUCAGAUGGGCCAAAGACGCAGGUAAGUCAGUAGGAAUAGUAACGACGACUCGUGUCCAGCAUGCGACUCCAGCAGCUUCAUUCGCUCACAGUGCCAGCAGGACCUGGUACAGCGAUGCGGAUCUGCCUGCGUCUGCAGCUACUGAAGGCUGUGUGGACAUCGCUACACAACUACUACACAACAUCGAUAUUGAUGUGAUCAUCGGAGGAGGCCGUAAGUACAUGACACCUAAAGGUUUCCCCGAUCCAGAGUAUCCGUCAGACGCGAGUGCUCAGGGCCAGCGGAGAGACGGCAGAAACCUCAUUCAGGACUGGAUACAGAUGAAGGAAGGAAAGGUUGCCAGAUAUGUGUGGAAUAAGACAGAUUUUGACGCUGUGGAUCCUGAAAAGACUGAUUAUCUGAUGGCUCUGUUUGAGCCGGCUGAUCUGAGGUUUGAUGUGGAGCGAGAUCACAGCAUGGACCCCUCCAUCUCUGAAACCACCGACAAAGCCAUUCAGAUCCUCAAGAAAAACCCCAAAGGAUUCUUCCUGCUGGUCGAAGGUGGUCGUAUUGAUCAGGGUCAUCACUCCAGUCGGGCGUCAGCCGCUCUGCAUGAAGCUGUGGCUCUGGAUGAGGCGGUUUCUCGUGGACUGGAGCUCACUGAUGAAGAGGAGACGCUGACCAUCGUCACUGCUGACCACUCACACGCAUUCACUUUCAACGGAUACCCUUUCAGAGGAAACAGCAUUCUGGGUAAAUCUCCAAUCUUCGCCUCUGACUUUUUACCAUACACAACACUGAUGUACGGGAAUGGUCCGGGACACAAAAUCACCAACAACAAGCGUCCAGACAUACGCAAAGUUGACACUGCCGAUAAGGACUACAUCCAGCAGUCGGCCGUCCCGCUGGACUCAGAGACCCACGGGGGUGAGGAUGUGGCAGUGUUCGCUCGCGGGCCCAUGGCACAUCUCUUCCAGGGCGUUUAUGAGCAGAACUACAUCCCGCACGCCAUGGCUUACGCCGCAUGCAUUGGUGAAAAUCAGCAACACUGCGCUAUUACUGCAAAACCAGACGAAAACCCAGACACAUCCACUGACCCGGGAAACUCUGCCCAAAACAUGCCCGACUAUACCUUCACCAUCCUGAUGAUCAGCACACUGAUGAGGAUUUUACUGCACUGA